AUGGCAAAGGCAGGCGGGUGGAAUGUUAUAAAACCAUUGUCUAUUUGGCAUGGAAGGAACUUGUACACGAUUGUAACACAAACCUACUUAAGCAAAGCAAAAACAAAAUUACAUAGCUCCGUUCUUUCGAUUGGAGGUUGAGAUCGGGAGGGUAUAACAAGGAAAGAGCAAAUAGUGGGAAGGGAGAUUCUGAGGUCAAUGGAAAAAAGACAACAACGCACAGGAAGAAAAAAAAGACGAAAGAAACUGGUUGCAAGUUAAUAUGGGGUUGGGCAAGGAAAGGCGGAUGCAAAAUAUGGAGAGUUUCAUUUUUGUUUUGAUCAGUUCUUUCUUGUCCUGCGGGCGGCGUCUUUUUUCCUUUAUUUUUGAUCCUCUUCGUGCUUCUUCUCGUUAUAGUCCAGAUCUAAUAAGGCUUCAUCUUCGGGUUUCGUCAUAGUGGUGGGCAGUACAGGAGACUGUUGCUUAGACUUUUGGGUCAUCUCGACAUGCCUAUGUAUCGGAUAAACAUUAAGUCAUUGCCAAGAAAAAUACGAUAUAUAUUUAUAAAAAGCCGAAUCGCCUAAAAUGAAAAAUACUCACGUAUACCAAGCUCCUCCAGCCAAUGUCAAGAGAAUACCAACACCGUUUAGCGGAGUGAUACGGAGGUUGAAAAUGACAACAGAAAGGACAAUGGUCAAGACUUGCUUUACGUUACCUGAAAACAAGUAAAAAAAAUGAAGUUGGUUCGAAUUAGUGGGAUUUUUUUUUGGGAGCUAUUUCUAUAUUUAACCCAAAACAUUU